CCGGAGCAGCUAUACAGUUCAGGCAGUUUUCUUCAAGUAAAGAAGUUACUUGACUAUAAAUAAAGGUUAACUGAACACAGCACCAAUAUGAGAGAUUACGAUGGAAUUACAGCUUUCUUGGGAACAUGGGGACCCUUUCAGCGGACAAUCUUUUUGGCAUUGGCCAUCAGCAUCCUGCCCAAUGGAUUUACUGGUAUUUAUAUACUGUUUGUAGGUGAUACCCCGCCACAUGAGUGCUUUAUUCCUGAGGAUUAUAAUGUCAGUGACAUGUGGAGAAAUGUGACCAUCCCCAUGGUGACAACGAAUGGUGUGUCACAGCGUAGUUCGUGCUCAAGACUCAAACUGGAGACAGUUAAAAACUUCUCUAGCCUGAAUAUCAUUCCAAAUGUGGAUAUCAACGUGAGUGAAAUUGAGCUGGAGAGUUGCUUGGACGGUUGGAAAUACAGCAAAGAGGUCUACCAGUCAACAAUUGUCACUGAGUGGGAUGUGGUGUGUGAUAACGCGUACAAAGUUCCUUUGACCACAUCAAUUCACUACUUUGGUGCGCUGGUGGGAACAUUCAUCUCUGGCCAGAUGUCCGACAGGUUUGGAAGAAAGCCAGCACUCUUCACUACAAUAGUAAUCCAGAUUGUGGCCACCUUCGCACAAAUAUUCUCCCCAAACUGGGAGGUAUUCAGUAUUAUUUUCUUCUUUGUUGGCGCUGGAUCAGUCUCCAACUAUGUCAUAGCGUAUGUUCUUGGGACAGAAAUACUGAGCCCUGGAGUUCGUGUGGUAUUCUCCUCUCUUGGAGUGUUCCUAAGCUCUGCGAUCGGCUACAUGUUAAUGCCACCUUUGGCAUACUUCAUCCGUGAGUGGAGGUGGUUGCUGGUGCCCAUGGCAGGCUCUGGACUCAUAUACAUCCCCCUAUGGUGGGUCAUCCCAGAGUCUCCCAGAUGGCUGCUCUCUCAGGGAAGAGUUGAGGAGGCUGAGGCCAUACUGAGAGACGCUGCCAGGAGGAACAGAGUUGAAGCACCAGAGGUCAUCUUCACUCCCUCAGAGGUAGAAGAUGCUCUAGCCAUGAAGGACAUGAAACACAACAUUCUGAAUGUCAUGAGGAGCAGCAACAUGCUCUCAGUCACAGUGCUGUGUUCCCUUCUGUGGAUGAUCAUCUCCUGUGGUUACUUUGCCCUGAUUUUGAACACCAACAACCUCAAUGGAAAUCCCUAUAUCAACUGCUUCCUGUCUGGAGUUGUAGAAGUGCCAGCCUAUUUCAUCGCCCUGGUGCUGCUCAGAUACUGUUCCAGACACUUAUGCCAGUCCUCCACUCUCUUCCUAGGUGGCACUGUUAUUCUCUUCAUUAACAUUGUCCCAACAGAUCUCCCAGGAGUGGCCAUCUUUCUGGAGAUGGUGGGGAAGUUUGCCAUCACCACAGCAUUCUGUGUAGUGUACGCCGUCACGUCGGAGCUCUUCCCCACCGUGGUUAGGAACAUGGCUAUGGGGACGUGCUCCAUGGCAGCACGCAUAGUCACCAUCCUCUCCCCCUUCAUCAUCUACCUCGGAAAUUACUACAAGUACCUCCCAUACAUAUUGAUUGGUAGCCUGGCAAUAUUUGGGGGUCUGUUCUGCUUCAUUUUACCUGAGAGUUACGGGAGGGUGUUGCCAGAAACCAUCUCACAGAUGCAACAAAUCAAAGGGUGUCGAUGCAACACAGACCAAGACACCAAAAACAUUGAUAGCAAAUCUGAGUUUCGGAAGGAGUCUAAAUUGUGA